AGAGCGUUGACUGAGUGCGGGGCGUUGUGCUUCAGAACGGAACGGGAAUGGUGGUGCAUUGUUUCGUGUCGCGUCGUGCAUUUCAUUGUGUGCCAGUGUUUACAAGUUAAUGCAGGUGUAUGUUUCUAAAUGUAAUCAUAUAAGCAAUGGCUGUUCGAUUGUUAAUGUUGUAAAAACUGUGCUAUAAUAUUAUGAUCGAUUGGAAAUACAUGGAUCGGUCGUCAGCAGGAAAUUUUAAUUCCUUGCGGCCUUUUCUUUAGAAUGUUAAAUGGCGCUUGUGGGAUCUCGAGCUACUCAGCAAAUGAGAGCUUUUCAGACUGUCAAUUCUGCAUCGCAGCAUGCUAUUUUGGCUGCUGCACAACCUUUUUAUCAUCCUACUGUAAAUUCACAGGAUGCGAAACCUGACAGACCCAUAGGCUAUGGUGCAUUCGGAGUGGUUUGGUCUGUAACUGAUCCUCGUGAUGGAAAAUUAGUUGCAUUAAAGAAAAUGCCUAAUGUCUUCCAGAAUUUAGUUUCCAGCAAAAGAGUAUAUAGGGAGAUAAAAAUGCUUUGUUUUUUCAAGCAUGAAAAUGUACUCUCUGCUCUUGAUCUGCUGCAACCACCACAUAUUGAUUUCUUUCAAGAAAUUUAUGUUAUUACAGAACUGAUGCAAAGCGAUCUGCAUAAGAUAAUUGUUUCACCUCAGCCACUGAGUGCUGAUCAUAUCAAAGUCUUUUUAUAUCAGAUUUUAAGAGGUUUAAAAUAUCUUCAUUCAUCCAAUAUUUUACAUCGAGACAUUAAACCUGGUAAUCUUUUAGUCAACAGUAAUUGCGUGUUAAAGAUUUGUGAUUUUGGCCUAGCUCGAGUUGCUGAAUCUGAUUGUAACAAGAAUAUGACGUUAGAGGUUGUGACUCAGUAUUACAGAGCACCAGAACUUUUGAUGGGAGCUAGACACUACACGUGGGCUGUUGAUAUUUGGUCAGUAGGUUGCAUUUUUGCUGAACUUCUUGGACGCCGAAUAUUAUUUCAAGCUCAGUCACCUAUACAGCAACUGGAGUUAAUUACAGAUCUCCUUGGGACACCAAGCUUACAAGAUAUGAAAUAUGCUUGUGAAGGUGCUAAAAGUCAUAUCUUGAGAAAGCCACAGAAACAAGCAUCCCUGUCGAAGCUUUAUGUUCUCUCAACCCAUUCUAAUGCUGAAGCUGUGCAUCUACUUACACAGAUGCUUAUAUUUAAUCCAGAUGCUAGAAUAUCUUGUACAGAAGCACUGGCUCAUGCUUAUAUAGAUGAAGGCAGACUACGGUAUCAUUCCUGCAUGUGUACGUGUUGCUAUACAACACCUGCUGGCCGCCAUUAUACUGAUGAUUUCGAACCUGUUGCAAAUCAUCCUUUUGAUGAUUCAUUUGAAAAAAAUCUACGCUCAGUAUAUCAAGUUAAAGAAAAACUUCAUAGUUUUAUAUCGGACCAUUGUCAAAGGGCAACACGUGUGCCAUUGUGCAUAAAUCCACAAUCUGCAGCAUUCACCAGUUUUACCAGGUAAUAAUAUGAAUAUAAUAUUUUAUAUAUUUUUUUAUACAUGCUGCAGUUGUCUCAUAAAUUCAUCUAUUAAGCAGAGGAUUUGAUGUUCUUGAAUAGAGAAAAUCCAAUAAACCUGCCAUAUAGUUAUUAAAAUGCAUAAAAAUACUGUAAACUUUUUGUAAUGUGA